AUGGCUGUGUGUCGGCGGAUAUUCAAGAGCUACACGCCAACGGAGCUCACCAUUUGCGUCACCAUUUGUUGUGGUAAGUAGCACACUUUUUUGUAGACGAUUUGACGCCAUUUUUGUGAAAAACAAACUACCGACCCCAGUUUUGGCCUAAAAUGUCUGAAAUCAACAGGAGACACUACAGUAUCUCUUCAGAACCACGUGUCGCACCGCGCUUCGGCCAAUGGAGCAUUUCGCGAGCCGGCUGUCCGCCCCGCAUUAUUCCAUGUUCCCGAGGUGCCGAAAUCCUCAUAAAAAUGAAAAUAUUACGCCUUUUUGCAGGUGCCACGUCAUCAUCAUCCACAUCAGAAGAGUCUUCUAGAAAAGUGCGGAGGAAGGUGGUGAAAAAGAAGAAGGAGAAGAAGGAGGCCGAAGAAGAGCAAAUAUUGCUGCAUUCCGACUCGGCCACGCUCAUCUCUGACGACGUGGCGACUGCAGAAGUGUCAGAUGACGUGGCAGUCACCCGCCACGUCUCCAUAACCUCGCUGGACAGCGUCGCCGGCCUCGGAGGCGCCAAUUCGGAAGAUGACGUGGCAAAACGAGCUCAUUCAGAAGACGUGCGACGAGAGGAUCCAGAGGAAAACGUCAAGAGAGAUUUGAAAACUGCAAAAUCGGGUUUUGAUCUGCUGCUUGGCGACGUGGCAAUCGGAAAAAUCGAACGGAUGGAUAGUGUGGAGGAGCAGCCGAAGAAAGUCAUGGUCAGACGGAAGAAGAAGAAGGAGAAGACACCGCCGUCGGAGGGUAAGUGCUGGUUAAAAACUAGGGCCGACUGCCGAACACCCCAUCAGUUUUGUCGCGUUUCGUCAAAACCAGUCGAGCACUCAAUCAAUUUUCCCCCGUCUUCAGCCCGAUAUCGUGACUUUACGGAAACGUCAAUCUUCAUGUACGUCGAGAUGAACAAGCAGAACCUGGGCGAGUUCGUGUGGGACCAGCAGUGCACACGCAUCGACGCACUCAUCGCGCCCGUUCUCGAGUUGGACAGGAACACGACGCCCGAAGUGCCCGUCGAGAUUGACAUCUUACCAUGA